AUGGACAUGGGCGGGCAGGAGAGCGGGUACAGCUCGUCGCGAAGCGCGUCGAGACGAGAACCUAUGGACGAGGACGAGCGCUUUUCCCGAACCAACAGCUUCGGCCAAGCCUCGGUCAGUUCGGCCCAUUCCGAACGCAUGCUCGAUGACGAGCGGCGGCCGGGCGGGGCUCGGCCCUCCGUGUCGCGCACCUCCUCCUCCUCCUCCGCCUCCGCUCUGUCCGCCAUGUCCGCGGCUUCCGCGCACGGUCCGCGCAGCCCCGCGCCCUCACGCUCGAAACUCGGCGCGGGCGGAAGCGGAAGCGCGAGCGGGGGGGAGGAACAGGUGCAGUAUUUCCGCGCGAAAACGAUCGCGGCGGUGGGGCGCGGGGCGGACAAUAGGACGAUAUCGGGGAAGGACGUUCCGCGGCAGCGACUGCCCAUGCUUCCGCCGCCCGGAGCUCCGCAAGUCGUGCAGUGUCAAUGGUGCUUCCAAACCCUAGCCGUGCCGAUAAACCUGCCCCCGCCGAAGAAAGGGCAGCAGAAGCUCCGGUGCGGCAAGUGCCUCAAGGUGUCGCGCUAUGCGGUCUUUCUUCCGCCCACGGCGGAAGAGGACGAGGAUGCGGAAGAGCAGCCGCCGCCGCAGCCGCCGCAGCCGCAGCAGCAGCAGCAGCAGCGGCAGCGGCGGCAGAAGCAGCAGCAGGGGGGCGGGGAGGAGGCGGAAGUGGCGGAAGAGGACGAGGAGCAACAGGCGCUCUCCGCGCGCGGAAGGUCCGCGUCAACGGGGAGUUUCAGAACGCGGAGUUUCCAGGGCAAUGCGCAGCAGCAGGCGGGGGCGAUGGGCGCAGGGCGCGGAAGCAGCAGCGUCAGCAGGGGCGCGGGGAAUAUUGUGCCAAUCCCGGAUCGCCAGGUGGCAGAAGCUGAGAGGCUGGCCGGACCCAUCAAUCCGGGCACCUAUUGGUACGACGUGGAUGCUGGCUUCUGGGGAGUGGUGGGUGGACCUUGCCUCGGCAUCAUCCCUGCGGGUAUACACCAACUCGCGGUGGGGCCGCUACAGCGGCAGGCGUCAGGGGGGCGAACGCGAGUGGUGGUGAACGGCAGAGAGCUGCACCGGCGGGACCUGGACAUACUGAUGCAGCGCGGGCUGGCGGACGAACCGGGAGUGGCGUACCUGCUGGACAUUGAUGGGAAUCUGGUGGACGCUGCUACGGGGGAAGACCUCCCUCCUGGGCUUGGGAAGCUCGCCCCCUCGCUGGAGGUCAAAGGGAGAGGGGCGGGCAUGUAUGUCCCCAAGUGA